UGUUAGUCUGCUCUAUUGACGUCAUUGUAUACUAUAAUGGCGGACGCACCUGUGAGUUCGUCCGUCUCCACGAAAUUGUUGUGUCAACGAGCCAGAACAUACUGCUUUUUUAAUGCAGUUUUUAUAUGAUAACCACAAGGAAACAUUUUCUUUCGUUAAGUAAGUUGAUUGCUAAAAUAUCAUGUCUAAAGUUGCGACGGCCGCAACUGCUGUGGCAGUAAUGGAUGCUUCAAACGUGAAAUCUAAAGUUUCUGUCCAGAACACAUCAAAUAACAACCGUUUACUUGGCUUGGCGGCCGCUACCGGUUCCUCAUCGACCUCUUCAACAUCUCCAUCGCGACCUCGACCAAUAGUGAGGUGGCGUGACAUGGAACAUCUGGUUGCUGGCAUCAGUGGUGGAGUACUUUCGACCCUAGUUUUACACCCGUUAGAUCUGGUCAAAAUAAGGUUUCAAGUCAAUGAAGGCACUGGUGUUACUGCCCGUCCAAAUUAUAACUCUUUCAUACAUGCUGUACGGUCAAUUGUGUGUUCCCAAGGAUUCACUGGACUUUAUCAAGGGGUUUCAGCAAACUGUUUAGGGGCUGGCAUGGCCUGGGGAAUAUACUUCUUUGUAUAUAACUAUGCCAAAACACAAAUGCAAGCUGGCGAUCAGAAAGUUUCUCUAGGUGCUAGUAGCCAUAUUUUGGCUGCUAGUCAAGCAGGUGUUUUAUCUUUACUAGUUGUCAAUCCUGUUUUUGUUGCAAAGACACGCCUAUGUUUACAGUAUGAGCAAACUUCAGAUCUUCAUAAAAAAACAUACUAUAGAGGAUUGAGUGAUGCCUUAGUGAAAAUAUUUAAGCAGGAAGGUUUUAAGGGUUUUUAUAAGGGUUUCAUACCAGGUGUCUUUGGGGUUUCGCAUGGUGUUAUUCAGUUUGUAACUUAUGAAGAAAUGAAAUCUAUAUAUAACAAGUAUCAUGAGAGACCUAUACACUACAGAAUGAGUUCACUGGAGUACAUAACUUUUGCUGCCAUAUCAAAAAUGAUUGCUGCUGCAGCAACAUAUCCAUACCAAGUUGUUCGAUCACGGCUUCAAGACCAACAUGCAUCCUAUGUGAGUUGUAGAGACGUCAUAGAAAAAACAUGGAGGCAUGAAGGUGCCUAUGGAUUCUAUAAAGGGCUUGUGCCUAAUCUGAUACGAGUUACUCCUGCAUGCUGCAUCACGUUCCUGAUAUAUGAAACAAUGAUGAGUAAAUUUGCUGAGAGACGAGAACAGCAAGAGCAACUUGAAGCUGCACUUGAAGCUGCACUUGAGUUGCAAAAGCAGGAUGCAACUCCAACUGUAAAUGGCGAAACAGAAUGAUUGAUUGUUAAGAAAGAUUGUAUUAAUUUUGGUGGAAGCAGUGAAUUGUUUUUAUUCUUAUACCAAAUUGAAUUUUUAAUCAUCAUUUUUUUUCAGGUAUUAUUUUUCAUUAGGUAAAAAUAACCCCAUUUCUAUUGAAAAAAAUUUUGUUUCUUAAAAGUUGUUUAAAGAAGUAUUUGUAGUAUUAGCAUGGAGAGAGAAAAGUGGAUGAAGAAUUGAAAUAUCCUCUGUAUUUAUCUCUUUGUUGGUAGCGUCUAAAAUUUUUGUUUGCUUUGUUGAUAUUUUAGAGUUUCUGUAUGGAUUAUCAAUAUAAUUAAUAUAUAAAUAUAAUACAUAAAAGAAACAGAAGUGACAUGAAAAUUAUCUGGUAGUCACGUGUAGUUACUUCCCAUGUGAAAAUGGAAAGUACAUCUUUUAUAACAAAGAUCCCCCCCACCCCAAAAAAAUAUUCAUGUACUAAAAAAGCAAGGAGUCCUACCCAAAAAAUAAUUUACAAAUAUUUGUACUUGGACCAAGGGAUUGUCAAAACCUUCUGGUUGGACUCUGUAAAAGAUUGCAAUAUAUGACUGGUAUGUUAGUUGUAUGAAUUAUUCAAUUGGAUUAUUGAAACCACCACCAGUAUUUUAUUUUGCCUGUUCUUUAUUAUUACAUGUCUGUUUGUUUGUGUUUGCUUUUGAAGGGAACAAUUUUUAAUAAUGCAUUUAUUCAAUUUACAUUCUUCAUUGUGAAAAAACUUUAGAUUUUUAUAAUUUCUUUGAUUGCUCAGUCAAUUUUGAUGCAUUAAGAAUUGGAAAACUUUUAAUAGGUAUAAAAAUUCUAUUAUUUUCUGUUUGUUUUUUAAAAAAAAUUCCUACUGCUGUGAUAUAUAGAAGGAAAUAAAAACCAAUCAUAUUCUAA